GCCGGGGGCCGAGGCGCGGCGGAGCCAGGUGCUCGCUGCCAGCCGCCAUGCUCUCCAGGUAGGACAUGCACAUGGUGGUGGCAGGUGCAUGUCUGCAGCUGGGAGGCAGAAGGCUCCUAUGAACAUGGAGAGAUAAGACCUCGACCCGCAGGCCUGCCUGACACAAAGCCGUGCCCGCCGGGGCUGGGCGAGUCCUUGUCCCCGACAUGGAUCGUAACCAAGAGGCCGACGUGGAGCUGAGGAGGGGCCCCAGCCCCCCCGGGGCCAGCAGGAGCCCAGAGGCGGACGGGGACAAGGCUGUGAGCCACAGCUGCUGCAUCUGCGGCAAAAGCUUCCCCUUCCAGAGCUCCCUGUCGCAGCACAUGCGCAAGCACACGGGGGAGAAGCCCUACAAGUGCCCCUACUGCGACCACAGGGCUUCCCAGAAGGGCAACCUGAAGAUCCACAUUCGCAGUCACCGCACGGGGACUUUGAUCCAGGCCCACGAGCCCGAGGCCGGCGAGAUGGGAGUGUCCGAGGGCCUGGACGGCUGCACCAGCCCCACGAAAAGCACCUCGGCCUGCAACAGGAUCCUGAACGGCGCCACCCAGGGGGACAGCAGCAAGAUCCUGCUGAGAAGCAGCAAGAAGGAGGCGGAGGGCUCCGGGGGCGCCUCGGAGGACGGCAGGGCGGCGGUGCAGUGCUCCUUCUGCCGGAGCAGGUUCGAGCGCAAGAAGGACCUCGAGCAGCACGUGCACCAGGCGCACAAGCCCUUCAAGUGCCGGCUGUGUCCCUACGUGACGCUCAGGGAGGAGUCCCUGCUGAGCCACGUGGAGAAGGACCACAUCACGGCGCAGGUGCCCAGGGGCGAGGCCUGCGUGGAGAACGGCAAGCCCGAGCUGCCGCCCGGCGAGUUCCCGUGCGAGGUGUGCGGCCAGGCCUUCAGCCAGACCUGGUUCCUGAAGGCGCACAUGAAGAAGCACAGGGGCUCCUUCGACCACGGCUGCCACAUCUGCGGCCGGAGGUUCAAAGAGCCGUGGUUCCUGAAAAACCACAUGAAGGCGCACGGCCCGAAGGCGGCGAGCAAGAACAGGCCCAGGAGCGAGCUGGACCCCAUCGCCACCAUCAACAACGUGGUGCAGGAGGAGGCCAUCGUGGCCGGCCUGGCCCUCUACGAAGUCUGCACCAAGUGCGGGAACCUGUUUACAAACCUGGACAGCUUGAACGCCCACAACGCCGUGCACCGCCGGGUGGAGGCCGGCCGGACGCGGGCCCCGGCCGGCGAGGGCGCACCGCUCGGCCCCGGGGACUCCCAGCAGCUCUUCCUCCAGUGCCUGAACCUGUGCCCGGCCGGGGCCUCCGCGCCCGCCCUCGGGCAGGCCGGCCGGCGAGUGGCGGAGCUGGACCCAGUCAACAGCUACCAGGCCUGGCAGCUGGCCACCAGGGGCAAGGUGGCCGAGCCAGCCGAGUACCUCAAGUACGGCGCAUGGGACGAGGCGCUGGGCGGGGACGUGGCCUUCGACAAGGAGCGGCGCGAGUACAUCCUGGUGAGCCAGGACAAGCGCAAGCGCGAGCUGGAGCCAGGCGCGCAGGGCCCCCCGCGCAAGAGGGCCGGCGCUCCNUUUUAA